CCUCCCCCCUCCUCCCGAACUUUCCCUCUCGCAUGCUUUUCCCCUGCACCACGGAUCGCCUCUCCGAUGCCGCUUGCCUGGAAGCUGCGUUAGGAGCGAGCGGCGGCGGCGGCGGCGGCGGCGGCGGCGGCGGCAGCUCGGGAGUGCUAUGACCGGCAAACUCGCCGAGAAGCUGCCGGUGACCAUGAGCAGUUUGCUAAACCAACUGCCUGACAAUCUGUACCCCGAGGAGAUCCCCAGCGCGCUCAACCUCUUUUCUGGCAGCAGCGACUCGGUAGCCCAUUACAAUCAGAUGGCUACAGAGAAUGUGAUGGACAUCGGUCUGUCCAACGAGAAGCCCAACCCGGAACUCUCUUAUUCGGGCUCCUUCCAGCCAGCCCCUGGCAACAAGACCGUGACCUACUUGGGAAAGUUCGCCUUCGACUCCCCUUCCAACUGGUGCCAGGACAACAUCAUUAGCCUCAUGAGCGCCGGCAUCUUGGGGGUGCCCCCGGCCUCUGGGGCACUCAGCACGCAAACCUCCACGGCCAGCAUGGUGCAGCCGCCGCAGGGGGAAGUGGAGGCCAUGUAUCCGGCGCUGCCCCCCUAUUCUAACUGCAGUGAUCUCUACUCGGAGCCUGUGUCUUUCCACGACCCCCAGGGCAACCCCGGGCUCGCCUAUUCCCCCCAGGAUUACCAAUCGGCCAAACCGGCCUUGGACAGCAAUCUCUUCCCCAUGAUUCCUGACUACAACCUAUACCACCACCCCAACGACAUGGGCUCCAUUCCGGAGCACAAGCCCUUCCAGGGCAUGGACCCCAUCCGGGUCAACCCUCCCCCUAUUACCCCACUGGAGACCAUCAAGGCAUUCAAAGACAAGCAGAUCCACCCGGGCUUUGGCAGCCUGCCCCAGCCGCCGCUCACGCUCAAGCCCAUCCGGCCCCGCAAGUACCCCAACCGACCCAGCAAGACCCCGCUCCACGAGCGGCCCCACGCGUGCCCGGCGGAGGGCUGCGACCGCCGUUUCAGCCGCUCGGACGAGCUGACCCGGCAUCUGCGCAUCCACACGGGCCACAAGCCCUUCCAGUGCCGGAUCUGCAUGCGGAGCUUCAGCCGCAGCGACCACCUUACCACUCACAUCCGCACGCAUACGGGCGAGAAGCCCUUUGCCUGCGAGUUCUGCGGGCGCAAGUUUGCACGCAGCGACGAGCGCAAGCGCCACGCCAAGAUCCACCUCAAGCAAAAGGAGAAGAAGGCGGAGAAGGGGGGGGCGCCUUCUGCGUCCUCGGCGGCCCCGGUGUCCCUGGCCCCUGUGGUCACCACCUGCGCCUGAGGCUCGGGCCCCCAGAUCACACUUUUCCCCUUCAGUGUCUCCCGGCUGCUGGCCUGAAUGCAGCCGGAAAGCUAGCCACGGAGGCGCAGGGGCCGCGCCCUGGCCUCUCCAUGGACGUAAGGCCCUUUGUUUCCCUUCGCUGUCCCCCGUUUCCACCCUGUCACACCGGCCAACGGGCGGGGGCCAGGGCAGGAGGCGCCUUCCCCUUGCUGACCCCCAUUAGCCAAGGCGUGGGGGCGGAAAGGUGGCGUCUAGCCCGCUUUGUUUAGUUGGGAUCGUCUUGAUCCAGGGGCCGCCGGGCCGGGCCAAGGACCUGCGGGGGACUGAAGGCUGGGCCCGCCCAAGCCUCCCUGGACCCAAGCACCUCACGGUUCCCCCCACGUCUCCCUCGGUUCCCCAUCGAAGACCCGAAAGGGGGAGGGAGUAAGGAGCGCACCAAAGCGCAGAGCUUGCUGCCCGCCGCACGCACGCGCGCCUGCGUGCGGGGAUGCGCGCGAGUGUGCGUGCUCGUGUGAGUGUUAUGUGUGCGUGUGUGUUUCUGUGUGUGUGUGUGUGUGCGCGCGCGCGCGCGCGCGCGCACGUGUGUGUGCGAGACUCUUGAGCUGAACUGGGCUAUGUCCACCCCAAACUCUUCCCCACCUCGGGUCCCCAGGCCGCUGGGGGCCUGCACGUGGCGGGAUGAGACGGCCUUCCAUCUGCUCCGAAAUAAUGUUUCUUACAGAAAUGCCUCGGGUGCCGCCGCCGCGGUGCUGCUACCGCCGCUUAGGGUUUAGCCCCUCAGAAUCCCUCCUUUUCUGAGCGCUUCCCUCUCAAGGCCUCAGGGCAGUUUGAUCUUCGGGGAGAAGAAGCAGCCAUCACUGAACCUGCCUUUUAAAAAAAAUGUGUUUCCUCGGCCCCAGAGAUUUUAAAAUCUCUGUUCCUGAGUUUGCCCUCUGCCCUUUUUUCCCCCCUCCUCUCCCUUCUCCCCUCUAAGCCUUUUCCCAUCUCUUUCCAAAUCUUUUUUCCAAAAAGGCAGGCCUCAACCAACCACCCCAUUUUGCCAUCUUUUUGUUCUCUCACUCACAUACCCACUUCUCUUCCCACCAUUAAUGGGAAUGCAGCCUUUUUUUUUCUCUCUCUCUCUUUGUCAUCACUAACACAACAGGUAGAAUUCAAAUUUAUGAAUAUGGUGUGUGUGUGUGUGUGUGUGUGUGUAUAUGUGUGUCUACACACACACAUAUAUACAUUUAUAUAUAACAUGCACACAAUAUGUAUUCCUAGUAAAAUAAAAUCUCUAAGGUACUUGGCUAUCCAGUGCAGUGCACUGGAAUAAAGAGAAUUUGUAGACAUUUACAGCUUUAAAUGAUUUAUUUUUUAUGAAAACUUUAACUGAUGAGAUUAUAUCUACAUAUGUGUGUAUGUGUGUGUGAGUAUGUAUAUAUGCAUCCAUGUACACACAUAUACACACAUCUCUGUCCAAAUUUUCCUCAAAGCUAUGGGGAUGUUUGCAUUAAUCCAUGUUGCUGAAUGAGGCACAUAUUUUCCAUACCCCAGUCUCACCUUCUCCCCGCCCUACCUCACCUCUUCUCAGGCACCCCCUCCUACCCGGCCUCCUCCACACAGGGGUGACUCUUUGGAAGCGGAGUAGUAGGGAAGGUUACUCUCUGACACAGCUUCCAGUGCAGUCUUGCCUGAAUGUACCGUUCCCCGUUAGCGUUAUUUCUCCUGUGGUCAGUAAGCUGCCCAGAGAGAAGGAACAAAGGUCUGGAGUUUACAGAAUGUCUGUUUUUAAAGUCACUUUAUGCAUUUCCCACUUUUUUUUUUUUUUUAAAGAAAAAAGCACCGGGUUUUUUUGGUGGCGGAUAGAUAAUACUAAAGGAGUCUAGUGAAAGGGGGAAAAAAAAAAAUCAAAGAGCAGGGGAUUGUGGACUUCCAGGUACUUGGACUUUUUGUAGAAGGAGAGAGAAGUGGAUGAAGUUUGCCGGGAGGGCCCAUAUUUUUUCAGCUGAAGGGUAAAAUCUUUCUUUGCAGAGACAGUAUUUUGCUGAAUACUUUUUAUAAUGUGAUGAUUAUUAAAAACAAAAAUUUUGGUCAUUUCAAAGCUGGAAGGAGGAAUCAGAUAUCAUUUAAUAUUUUUUCCUUGCUCCUUCUGGGAUAUGCAUGUCACUGCAUGAUAACUCUGAGUUUUCCUUUGUUUUAAUAAAACUGUUCUCAGACAUUUAAGCUAAACUAAGAGAAAAAUAGCUUUGUUGCCAAAAGGUUGUGCUAUCCAGAUUUUUUAUAUGUCUGCAUGUUUUAAGAAAAACACAGCAAAAGAAAAUGCACUCUAACUUAUGUGAACUGAGAGGAAAAAAAUCAGGUUUUAAACAGGAAAACCUAUGGGGAAUGAUAUUUUUUGAAAGACUUUUGUAUAAAGUUGAGUACUUAGAAAAAGACAAACCAGAUGUAAUAUAUUUUGUGGAUGUUUUUAUUUCUUGGAUUUAUAGUACCUUAUACUAAGGUUAAAAAAAUAUGCUUGUUAUCGUGAAAAGGUGAAAUUCUUCACCAACAUUUCAUUUGCUCCUUUGUCACAUUGUUAUGCCAAUAUAAUAUAGUUAAUGAAAACAGCAUUUUUAAAAACUGAAAUAUUGAAAUGGUGUAAUGUUGUACCAUUUGCACUGUGAGCAAAUGCUAAUACAGUAAAUAUAUUGUGUUUGCUGACAAUCAGCCGGCCUAUAAAUCUCCUUAUUUUAUUUCUUGUUUUCAUAGCAUAAAGUUUUGGUUUGGCCUGUUUUAAGUCUUGUUUUGUUUCUGGCUCGUGGCUGGUUUGAUACGUUCUUACACCUGGUUUUUGUGGUUCUUGCUCUGAAACCCCUCACCGUGGACACAUGGAGUCUGGUGUUCUUAGAAGUUGGUUAGAAUUUCGUGCGGGUUCUGGCGUUUCAAACUCAAUGUUGAGUGUUUACUGUGGUUCUCAGAGAAUUCUACUGUGGUUCUAGGGAUUCUCCUCCACCCUUCUGGAAGCCUCAAACUGCCAGAAAGAUUAGGUGAGCAGAUUAGAUAAGCUCAUGGGAGCCGAGGCUGAUGAACCUUCUAGAAUCUUUCUCUCUGGUUUCCAAUGGGUAUUUGAGAGUAGAAAGGAGGGGAUCUCCUGGCUUAUGAACUAUUUCUCUGGUGGCUUCAGGGGGCACCAGAAUAGGACCUGCGGUGGUCUCUGCGGCCACACUGAGUAUUACUCUUGCUAGAGGUUUUGAAGCCUGAGAAAGAAAUGGGGAUUUGAGAGGGGGUUCUUCAGUGUUGGCAAGAUAACCAGAGAGAUUGAAAGCUUUUUGCUGGUCAGAUAAUUGGGAAAAAUCAGGUUUAAAAGCACUACAACGCAGUCCCACUUGGACGGGAUUCUCUAGGCCUCACUAUUUGUAGCUGCCUGGGAAAGGGUGUCCUAGUUCUUAUGAGUUACCCAAGGAUCCGAUGCUUAGAAGAGAAGAAAGAACACAGGAAUUUGGAGAAAUACAGGGAAUGUUUUGUAGAGCAGUAAUCCCUCCCAUCUUACAACUUCUAUCUCCCAUAGAAGUGAUGCUUCCCUACCCUAUGAGCUUUCUUCUCCAGAACCUUCCCUUUCCUUAACUGACUUUAUUUGCCAGCCCUGGAGCUUUCUCCAUUUCUCUUGAAGAGAUAUGUGCCCUCCACUUCCUUCCUGUGUCCACAUCUCCAUCCUGCUCCCUUCACCUAAUUUCCCAUCAUUUUUAGAAUCCUUUAUCAUUGGGAGGCUUGUUCUAGAACAGUCUUUGGACAGAUCAAUCCUCUCUCUCCUGCCUGCCCUCUUGCUUGGGUUUCUCAGCCAUGCAUUUUGCAUAUUAUCUGCCUCAGCAACAUUUAGGGGCUUGGUGUCUGAUACAGAGCUAUGUCAAUGUAGCGUGACACUAUGAAUGGGGGACGGUGUCUCAACGCCUGGGGUGCCAUCCAGGACAGCCAUACAGUGACAGAACUAUACUAAGGUGUCCCUGCUCAGAAACUGCUCUUAUCACCCCCCCACCC